AUGACUGCACCUCCACAACUUCAAUAUGGGAAAGGUGUGACGCACUCUUUCAUGUCUCGGGGGUUCAUUAAACUAUGCGGGGUAGAAAUGUGGCCAUUGGAUGUUGUGUUGGGUGUGGACACGCCAUCAGAGUCAGUGGUAGUGUGUAACAAGGUAAUCAGAGAUUAUCUAGUGAAAAUUCAGGGAAGAAAGAUACCUGCUAGUCUAAUUGUAUUUGGUAUGCAUGGAUUUGACAUUAUUCUGGAGAUGGAUUGGCUAGCAUCAAGCUACGCAAGCAUUGACUAUCGCAAAAGGGAGGAACUAAAGCUAGAGGAUAUUCCUGUGAUAAGGGAGUUCUCCGACGUCUUUUCAGAGGACCUACUAGGAUUGCCACCAGAUCAUGAGGCGGAAUUAACCAUUGAAUUAACUCUAACGAUGAGGCCAAUUUCCAAGGCUCCAUACCGAAUGACUUUGGCGGAAUUGGAAGAACUAGAGGAACAGCUACAGGAACUUCUUGAUAAGGGGUUCAUCAGACCAAGCGUAUCACCUUAG